GGUACAAACCCCACCAUCCACGGCUUCCUCAUUUAUCAUUUACCAUUUACCAUUUAUUCAUUGUUCAACAUCUGUUCGACGUCAACAAUCACCAAUAUUUCUUCUUUGCCCGUAUCCUUCUUCGCCUAUCUUCUUGUUCAGCAAGCACAUGGAUUUGUUUUUAACAGCAUGAUUGUGACUUUGGAGGGAAGACCUUAGUUAAAUAUUACUUGGUCUCGGCGCGCACCCUAAGAUUCGUUAGAUACCGAACCCAUCUCUACUGUUACGAGGUAAUCCAAACCGCCGCGACGUAAUCAGAUUCACCAGGCAAAUUCACGAGGCUCGCCAUCUCCAUCACCCCCCAUAUAUUCCCACCCUGAAUCCCGAGAUCCGGCUCGCGACGGCCCCUCCGGCCUGUACAUCAUCAUGGCAGUCAAUAAUCCAAGCUCACAAACCAUCGCUGGGCUCUUGGCCAAACUAGCCGACCCAGAUCCCGACUUCCGUUUUAUGUCGUUAAAUGACCUUCAUCAGAUGCUCACGAAACAGAAGGUGGAUUUCCUAACUCACGAUUAUAAUACUUCAUCACGUAUCGUCGACAAUGUCAUAAAGACCUUGGACGACCAAAACGGGGAGGUGCAGAACCUGGCGGUCAAAUGUAUCGGCCCGCUGGUUACCAAAAUUCCCCUCACAGUUCUCUCUCCUACGUUGGACAAGCUCAGUGCAGUCGAGAUAAAAAACUCGGUGGAUAAUUCGAUACCCUCCCUCGCUCUACGUAGCGCCAUCUCGUCGCUCCAGAAACCGGUUCGAGGAGUCACACCUUCUCGAGAGGUGAUUGAGACGUAUAACAUAGUUAGCCGUGUCCUUAUCCCACGUAUCCUCGGCUACCCUACGUCCUCCAACGCUCUCAGGCAAGCGACCGGCGAGUCUCACGGUAUACUGGACAAAAAUAGAGAUCCCACCGUAGAAUCUGUCGACGUACUUAUCGAGGUGGUUAGAUGCUUCGGACCCCUAUUGCAGCCACUGGAAGUCGAAAAGCUGCAAGAUGUAGUCGUACAGGUCCUAGAAAGGGCAUCCACCCCUUCCCCCGUGAAGAAACGCGCGGUUGUUGCGCUCGCCAUUCUUGCGCCUUACCUUACAUCUGAUGUCCUCGAUGGGUUUGUUACGAAGAUCCAGAAAGCCUUAAAACAGCCCAAACUUAGUCCGGUCAUGCGCCGUCUCUAUAUUUCUAUAAUGGGAUCUCUUGCUCGGUCGAUCCCAUACAAAUUCGGCGAGUACUUACCUCAGCUUAUCGAAUUCGUCUUAUCACCUCUUAGCCAGGAAGAGUUACAGAGCCAGCUCGAUGCUCUAAGCGAAGGCAAUGAUCAACUUCAUCCUGAGUUUAACGAAGUUCGAGAGGCGGCUUUGGUUGCGCUCGAGUCAUUCUUGGCAUCAUGUGGUCUGCAAAUGAGAGAUUAUACCGAUGAAGUCAUCGCAGCAUGCCUUCGAUAUUCAAAGUUUGACCCUAAUUAUGCAGUUGAUGAAGACGAAGAUAUGGAAGAGGAAGAUGACGCCCAAGAUGACGACGAAGAUGAUGCAGACGAUGAGUUUGAUGACGAUGCCGGGUUUGAUGACGAUGACGACGCAAGUUGGAAGGUCCGCAGAUGUGCCGCAAAGGCCCUUUAUACCUUGAUCUCUACGCGAAGCACCGAUCUUCUCGAGAAGGGAACCCUAUAUAAUGAAAUUGCCCCUCCGCUGGUCAAGCGAUUUGACGAGCGGGAGGAAAGCGUGCGUCUCGAGAUAAUUGGGACUGUGGCGCUUUUAAUUCGAAAGACGGGAGAAGGUGUAAUUCAAUCUAUCUCAACCGAUGAGGAGCUCCUGCAUUCUCUUGGAGGGAAUCGAAAGCGUCGAAGACAGAGUAGCGGAGGUAUCACAUACACCAACAAGGCUCCCUAUCUUGGAGCUACUGGUCUUACCUCACCUACUCGCGAAUCAGUUCCGCCGACUGGACCCCGCGCCGAUCUUAAGAAACUUACGCCGCAAAUUGUCAAGUCGGCAACUAAGUUGCUCAAAGGGAAACAAAUAGCCACGAAGCAGGCGAUAGUCAAUUUGCUAGAUGAUUUAAUCGCGGUGCAGAAUGGCGGCCUGGCCGACUAUUUUGACCAGGUUAUGCAACCCAUCAUCGACGUUACCAGAGGAAUGACAGGCAGUACCGGUUCAACAUCGACUACAUUAUCGGGUGCCGCGUCAGCCACUGCUACUACACUACGCGUGGCGGUCCUUCGCUUUACGAGUGAUAUAGCAAAGACUCAUUCAUCAUACUUAUUCCAGCGCUACCUUGAAAGCAUUGUUGCGGGGGUGGUCUCUGCGGUCCGUGACAGAUUCUAUAAAAUUUCUAGCGAGGCCAUUGGGACAGCUGAGGAGCUCGUUAAAGCUAUAACCCCGCCUCGUGCAAGGCUUACGACUGAUAAGUACAAGCCCGAGCUACACAAGUUAUACGAGAUCAUAAUAGAUCGUGCUUCCGCGAAUGAUGCCGACACUGAGGUGCGCCAGAAGGCCAUUCAAGCACUUGGAACAUUAAUCUCGAGAACUUCAUCCCCAGAUGGAAUCGCUCUUAUUCCCAGCGAUAAGCGUCAGGCUGCUUUGAACUUGCUUCUAGAUCGUCUACGAAACGAAACGACACGUCCAUACGCCGUACGAGCAAUUGACAACGUAGCGGCACAUUCUCUACCGCCCAUUGACCUUGACCCCAGUUGGGUCCAACAGGUUGCAUUGGAGCUUUGUGGUCAACUUCGAAAGUCAAAUCGCGCUCUCCGGGCUGCCAGUAUCCAAGCCCUACAGCACCUGGUUCUUUCCCCGGCAGCUAGUAACAAGAUCCAAGUAGUCACGGCCAAUGAGAUCGUGGCGGCCAUAUUGCCUGUCAUUUCUACUAAUGAUAGCUAUCUCUUGAGCCCCGCUCUACUCGUCGUUGCUCAGCUUCAACGAGUACAUCCACAGUUGAUCUCUUCGCCUACUUUCAUUAAGCCCCUUUGCGAACUUCUCAAGAAGAAUAUCGCCGGCGUAGCGCUAGAUUCCUUUGUGACUCUUGUGACGAGCGUUGGUGAAACGGGUGUAGGAAAUCCGUUAAUGCGUGGCGUUCUAGAAGUCGGUGUCGCAGGCGAUCCCGCGGUCGUGGGUAAAGUUGCGGGUGCUUUGUUUGUCGCGAGCGGCGGUCAGGUCGAUGUUAGCGUCGAAGGUUUUAUCGACGAGCUCAAUAAGUCAAGCAACAAAACGCCACCUGACACCGCCAGGCAAAGUCUUGCAUUGGCGAUAUUGGGAGAAAUUGGAUUGCGGCUCGGAGCCAAGUCUGGCCUCCAACCGAGCAUCUUCUUACAGCAAUUCCACAACGAGCCAGAUAAAGUCUCGGUAUCCGCCGCGGUUGCUCUUGGGCGUGCGGGCGCAGGGAAUGUGUCGGUAUUUCUACCAACCAUUCUUGACGCAAUCAAGCAGCCCGGCGGCCAACAGUACCUACUUCUCCAAUCGAUCAGAGAGAUCCUCCACCAGGCCAUUGCAUCGUCAACAGAUAUCAGCUCGUAUGAGAGCGAAAUUUGGCUUCUACUCUUCUCGGCAUCUCAACUUGAUGAUAAUAAGGCGAUAUGCGCGGAGUGCAUCGGACGAUUGGCUAUUAUGGAGCCUAAGACGUAUAUUCCUAAACUUCAGGAACUUCUGGGAGACCCUUCACCGGCCUUUAGAGGUGUAGCUGUACAAGCGCUUCGAUACACACUCCCGGAUAGCGACGAGUCGUUCGAUCUAAUGCUGAAGACGGUGCUAUUCGAUAUGCUCUUGACCGUUCUGAAGGAUAAAGACAUGGAGAUCCGCCGCCUAGGCAUGACGGCUUUAAAUUCAGCGGCACAUAACAAACCAGACCUUAUUUUGCCUCACCUGGGUGAAUUAAUACCAUAUGUUAUACAAGAGUCUGUCAUCAAACCGGAACUCAUCCGCGAAGUUCAGAUGGGACCAUUCAAACAUCAGGUGGAUGACGGGUUAGAAGUUCGCAAGAGCGCAUACGAGACUCUCUACGCUCUUAUGGAGACGGCGUUUUCACGCGUCAGUUCUCUCGAAUUCUACGAUCGCAUCAUCGCCGGCCUUAACGACGAGAAUGACAUCCGGUCCCUCUGCAAUCUCAUGCUGAGCAAGUUGAUCGUGAUCGAUCCCGAAGAAACGACUCGGCGGUUGGAUACGAUCGCCGAAUGCUACAGGAAGACGCUAUCUACGAAACUUAGGGAUGGCGCGGUGAAGCAGGAGGUAGAGAAGCAAGAAGAGGCCAUUAAAAGCGUGCUACGCGUUACCCUCCUGCUGGUCGAGAAAACUAAGACUACCCUACCCAGUGUAAGUGGUGGGCCGGGCAGCUCGGUAGGACAAGCUCCGGCGUCACAGACAGUGCAAAACCCCGUGUGGCAACAGUAUUGGGAAUGGGUCAACAAGGACUUCGAACGGCAACUGAAGUCGCUGCGGGAAGAGAAUAAGGAGAUGGCCGCAUAAGGGAAAUUCGAGGCGCCUAAGAAAAUAUAUAGCUAUCGCACCUGGGAUGCCUAUGUAGACUACCUACCUACGUAUCCGCGGACUAUCUGGUAACAGGUAUUGCCGUGCCUGUUACACGCGGAGAAGGGUUGAUGGUUUGUUUUCGAGCACGUAAUACGCAACUAACUACCUAAACUAGUGGUUCAUGGUAAUUCAAGUGCUUAGACUAGCUAUUCUAUGAUAGCGGGUAGCUAUUAUAGUUAAGAUAAAAAAUGCCUUUCAUUUAUAACGUUGACAUGUUGAUAUGAGAUGUUUUUAGUAAAGGUUACAUUACAUAAAAGUGAUAAAAGCGUAAAAAGAGC